GGGUGAUGAGGGAGAGUGAGGAUAGAGAGGGAGGGAAUGAAGGAGAGAGAGGGAGAGAUGGAGAGAGGGAAGGAGCAUGUUGUUCACUGUAGAGCUUUCAUUGAUAAAGUAGCUCUCGCCUUGCGCUGGUCUCUGUCUGCAGCUGGAGUGUGUACGGAUGAACCCAGCAUCAACAGCACAUCUCUCUCUCUCUCUCUCGUUCAGCCUGCAACAGAAACAACAAAGCAACAAAACCAUAGCUAGCAGAGCAGAUGCACAGGGACCAUAACAGCAGUUCUGGGACCAGCAGAUGCACAGGGACCAUAACAGCAGUUCUGGGACCAGCAGAUCAGGGACCAUAACAGCAGUUCUGGGACCAGCAGAUCAGGGACCAUAACAGCAGAGCUGGGACCAACAGAUCAGGGACCAUAACAGCAGUUCUGGGACCAGCAGAUCAGGGACCAUAACAGCAGAGCUGGGACCAGGAUAGCAAGAGCCUGUCAAUCCAUCACUCUGGGCUCUACCGAGGCUAGUGUUCUACCACUGGCCAACAUGAAGCUGCUGAACGGAGGAGGAGGAGGAGGAGGAGGAAAAGGAGGAGGAGAAGAAGAAGUAAGAGGAGGAGGAGGACGAGGAGGAGGAGGAGAAGGACGAGGAGGAGGAGAGAAGAAUGCAUUCUCCUUCAAGAAGUGUUCUGCUUUUCAGUUUGUGAAGAGAAAGGUCAGGAAGUGGAAGAUGUUGAGCCGUCACCACGGUGACGCUAAGCAGAAGGAGGCGGAGUCUGAGGUGCACCUUGGGGGCGGACCAUGGGGGGUGAGAACCAACCACCAGCUGGCUAGCCCCGUCCUGCUGGAGUGCUGUGUCUGCAGUGGACCCUUCGUUAGCUACGCUCUGGAAGAGGCCUGGCAGCCACGGCAACGCACACAGGCGAUGGAUCUGUACUACCAUAGUGAACCAGACCCAGAGUACUACUGCUGUCCCAACGACUCUACGUUUAUGAAACAGAGAAGAUUGGGGCUGAAUGACUCCAUUCAGAGGCUGGCCACUAGUAACUCCGACACCUGCAAACAUCCUGAGGUUCAGUCCAUUGUCAACUUGGCUCCCCAACAACAGGAGGCUGAACUCAUGAACUCGAAUCCCUCUCCCCCUCCCAGUCCCUCCCAGCAGAUGAACCUGGGCCCGUCCUCCAACCCCACAGCCAAGCCCAGUGACUUCCACUUCCUGAAGGUGAUAGGGAAGGGCAGCUUCGGGAAGGUCCUCCUAGCCAGGCACCGAACAGACGACCAGUUCUACGCUGUUAAGGUGCUGCAGAAGAAGGCCAUCCUGAAGAAGAAAGAGGAAAAGCACAUCAUGUCAGAAAGGAACGUCCUGUUGAAGAACAUUAAACACCCCUUCCUAGUGGGACUACACUACUCCUUCCAGACCGCUGAUAAGCUCUACUUUGUGCUGGACUACAUUAACGGAGGAGAGUUGUUCUACCAUCUCCAGAGGGAGAGGCGUUUCUUAGAGCCCCGGGCCAGGUUCUACACAGCGGAGAUCUCCAGUGCCCUGGGCUACCUCCACUCUCUAAACAUCGUGUACAGAGACCUGAAGCCUGAGAAUAUUCUACUGGACUCUCAAGGACACAUCAUACUCACGGACUUCGGCCUCUGCAAGGAGAACAUAGAACAGAACGGAACCACGUCGACGUUCUGUGGAACUCCAGAGUAUCUAGCUCCAGAGGUGUUACACAAGCAGCCUUAUGACAGGACGGUCGACUGGUGGUGUUUAGGAGCCGUGCUUUAUGAGAUGCUGUAUGGCCUGCCUCCGUUCUACAGUCGUAACACAGCAGAGAUGUACGACAACAUCCUGAACAAGCCCCUGCAGCUCAAACCCAACAUCUCUAACGCUGCCAGGCACAUACUGGAGGGACUGCUGCAGAAAGAUCGCACACAACGACUGGGACACAGUCACGACUUCGAGGAGAUCAUGAACCACAUGUUCUUCUCCCCCAUCAACUGGGAUGCCCUGACCGCUAAGAAGCUCACCCCCCCUUUCAACCCAAACGUGACGGGCCCUAAUGACCUUCGUCACUUUGAUCCAGAAUUCACAGACGAGCCCGUCCCCUCUUCCAUUGGCUGUUCUCCUGACUCCUCCCUCAUCACUGCCAGCAUCACGGAGGCAGCCGAUGCCUUCCUAGGGUUCAGCUAUGCACCCUCCAUGGGCUCAUACCUGUAGGAUAUCAUACCUGUAGGAUAUCACACC